AUGGAUUUUACCAAAACUAACAGCGAUAACAUUAAAGAGAUGUACAUAAUCCAAGAGAUAAAAGGAAUUACCUUUAAAUACAAAGAUCUGGUCACAAAACAUAAAUCUUUCGUUGUAAAUUUAAGGCAGAAAACUUCAGAAAUACAUGUGAAAGACGGAUGUAAUGCAAUUAUUGACUUCUUAGAAGGCAGGAGUUUGGAUUCACUUAAAGAUGAAUUGGCCGCACAACAAGAAGACAUUGACAAUCUGGAUGUUCGUGUCACCAGCAAUGAAAAGAAUAUAACUAUAGUCACGAAGGAAGUGACAAAACAGAGAGUUGAUAUCACUAACAUUAAGCAAGAUGUCAAAGGUCAAGGAAAGAAGCUGGAUAAACUGGGGAAUGUUGUGAAAGCAACAGUUACCAAAGUUGAAGAAAUUGAUUUAAAGACCUUAAGUCAUGCUCCAUAUUGGUCCAAAGAUGUUUCUAAACUGCUGAACCCAAAGUCUGAACAUGAUUGGCGAUUAUUAUCGAGCCGACUGGGUUAUUCCAAAGACGAUAUACGAGCCUGGUCUCAACAGUCGGAUCCUUGUAUGGCAAUGUUGAAUGAAUGGUAUACAACACAUAAAACUAGUGAAGCAAACUACGGACUGUUGACAGCUUUACAAGAAAUGAGUAGGAUGGACGCUGCUAUUAUUAUUGAGAAUGGAAUGAAGGCAUCAGAACCAGUUGUAGAGGAUGAAGAGUUUGACUACAUCACACCACCUUCAAUAUUUCUCAGUUAUCAAUGGGGUCACCAGGAAGAAGUGAAGCUACUUAGAAAUCAUCUAGAGAUGGCCGGGUAUUCAUGUUGGAUGGAUAUUGGUCAGAUGGGUGGUGGUGAUAAACUUUUCGAAAAGAUUGAUAAGGGUAUUAGAGUAGCUAAAAUUAUUAUUAGUUGUACUACUGAGAAGUAUGCUCAAUCUCCAAACUGCAAUCGAGAGGUGAAUUUGUCUGUAAAUCUAAAGAAACCUAUCAUACCAUUAUUAUUAGAAAGCUGUCCUUGGCCACCUAAAGGUUCAAUGGGUCCAAUAUUUAGCGAGUAUCUCUAUAUACAGUUCUAUCAGACUGAAAAUGAUGAAGCUGCACCAGAUGAUAGAUUCUGGCCAAUACCAAAAUUCCAGGAGCUCUUGAUGCAGCUUAGUAUGAAUGGUGUCCAACCAGAUGAAUCUCGUGUAUUUAAAUUAUAUCGAAACUGGUGGAAACCUCUUGUUGAUGAACUAAAAAUUGACAAAUCAAAAACAUUCGAAGGUGGAAAACAUAGGAAAGUCGUCGAAUCUUCAGAGAAAAGGGAGGACACAAAGUCGCCAGCUGUUUUCAUAUCCUAUCAGUGGGAUAAACAGAAGAAUGUGAUGAAGUUAUAUAAGAAAUUAACAGAAUUGGGAUAUCACUGUUGGAUGGAUAUCUAUCAAAUGGGUGGUGGUGAUUCGUUGUAUGAUAAAAUAGAUCGCGGAAUUCGGGGAUGUAAAGUUGUUGUAUCUUGUGUCACUGACAAAUAUUCACUCUCAUUGAAUUGUAGACGUGAAAUUAGUCUUUGUGAUUCCUUAAAACGCCCAAUCAUACCCCUUCUGUUAGAGAAUAUACCGUGGCCACCAAAAGGCCCAAUGAGUAUGACUUUUACUCAGUUGUUGUACAUUGAUUUACAUUCAAAUGAUAACGUUCAGGAGGAAUGGUCUGGGACUAAAUUUGACGAGUUACAGUCAAAAUUGAGAGAAAUAUUACCAGACCAAACCAGCAAAACAAACGAAAAGCAAAAAUCCAAAGAUAUAUCAGAAUCAGAAGAGAUAGUGAAAGGAACAAAAUCGACCCAUUUAGAAAAGCCAAAACCUCCUCCCAUAACCGGUGAAACCAAUAAAAGCCAUGAAAAUCAAACAAAAAUGCAUUUGUCGACUAAUUCAAGUAACGUCAAAUCUGCUACUCCAGGAUCAAAGUUCGGUGAUACACCAAAAGUCAAACGAUUUGUCCCACCGCCGCCGCCGAUACAGUCAGAUGUGGAACAUGAGAAGAGUACACCUGUACCAGGGCAGCCAUCAUCAGAUACACAAGUUCCCCACACACAUCCUCCCCCUAAAAAUUUUAACGAGCAGUACCACCAAGCUCAUAAUUUUAGUAACCAAGAAAACAACAACGAUUCAGUAAAAUCUAAAUCUUGUGUGAUUUUGUAA